AAAAACGGAAAAGAUAUUACUUUAAAACGUGAAAUCAGUAAUUCGUUAUUAAAAGCUCAGCAUAGAUAUUCAUGUGAUGUAAUGGUUUCGGAAAAGAGAUCUAGUCCUUACAAUAUAUACAAAAAAUUUCCUUUAAAGGAUAUAUCUCCUACUGUGUUUAAAAGAACACCCUCUCCAAGACUAGGUAAACUCAUUGAAAAGUUUGACAAGUUUUUCAAGGAUAAUAGUAUAAAUUUUCCAACGUAUUCCACACAUAACAGCACUACGUUAAAAAAACAGUUUGCUCAUGAAGUACAAUGUGACAAAGAGACGACUUCUUUACAUAUGCAACCUAACCGAGGGGUUGAUUUACAGCCCUUGAUUAAUAUACGUAAUAAACCUAAUACAAUAUUGAAAACUGAACAUGGUUACUCAGGCAAUAAGAUAGUUUUGGAAAAUACUAAAACCAGUCCUUACGGUAUAUAUCGAAAAUUCCCUUUUAGGGAUAUUUCUUUCGCUGUGUUUAAAAGGACACCCUCUCCAAGACUUGGUAAACUCAUUGAAAAGUUUGAUAAGUUUUUCAACGCUAAAUGCCAAGAUUUUUCUUUGAAUACAACACAAAAUAUCAUUGACGUAGAAAAAAAUUAGAUUUUUGAAAUCAGUUUGAAGAAAUAAGAUAAAAAUAAACGUAUAAUCUACUAAAGCGGUUGUAUCAUUUGAAAGCAAUAUUAAUAAUAAUGUCAAUUUAAACUUUAAAUUUGUCUUAAAAAAAUUUCUUUUUUGGAAUACGUCUAUCACAAAGUUGAAAAGCGUACUUUUUAUAAAACUCAGAAAACUACAAAUGUUCGGUGUUUUUGUUAAGAAAUAAAGUAAUAAAGAAUACGUCGUCAGUAACAAUUUUUAAAUGCUAAUUAAGACUGCGUAGCAUUCAAAAUACACUGCUUUAGUUAUUUAAUUCGUUAAAAAUGGCAAAACAUGAA